CCGCCGUUCCGGACACCUGCCUGCCGUCACUGCUGUCCGCUUUCGCCCGGGCUCGCUCCCGCUCCUCGCCCUGCCCUCCGCUCUCUCGCCGGGAGAGGCGCGGACCGCUCCCCGCAGCCGACAUGAAUAAAGCUAGCAGCCCUACGUAAUACGCUGAUGGCAUUCUAUGCUGCAUCAGGAUCAAUAAGUCAAGAGGGUGUGAUGCCUAGAAAUCUUCUCUUGGCUUCUCCUGAAAUGGCAUCUGAAACGUCUCCAAAGCAUGCACUUGGGAGCAUGGAAAAGAGUGGCAGCGUGGAAAAUCAUGGCAGCCAAGCUAGGUGCAGAAAUCUUGCCUUGGAUGAUGAGAGUCUGAAAUACUUAACUCACGAAGAGCAGGAUGUUCUCAUGUUCUUUGAGGAAACCAUAGAUGCCUUAGAAGAUGACUUGGAGGAGCCGGUCCUGCGUGACAGUGGCAUCCACUGUCAGUCUCCAAGGUCAACGGAAGAAAAUGUGUCCAGUCAUUCAGAGACAGAAGAUAUCAUCGACUUAGUACAGUCAACACCUGAGAGUAGCGACCACGAAGGCCCUCCUAGCAGAGAUGCAGAACCAGGUAUGUUGGAUGCCACCUGGAGAACAGAGAGCCCUAAGCCUGCCGUACCUGCUGACCUUCCCCCACAUCCCCCUGUACCACCACCAUCAAUGUCUGAGACGCUUCCGCUUCCUCCUCCGCCCCCUCCUCCAGUGCAGCAUCCAAAAUUGCUUCGCUCUAUCCCCACUCCGCUCAUCAUGGCCCAGAAGAUGUCUGAGCAGCAGUUGGAGAGCAGGGUGCGCUUCCCCAGUGCCCUGAAGGAAGGGAAUUCAGACAGGAAGAAAACCCCAGUAGCCAAUGGUGAUCACUUUGUGGCUCCGAAGCACCCUCCUGCACCUGCACCCAAACUGUACCGGUUCCCGAGCAACAUCAACAUAACCAAUGUCAGUGGCAAAGAAUUCAAUGAGACUAUUUCAAAAGCAGCAGUUAAUGUCCAGGAGCGGAGAGCUCAGGUGCUGGCCAACAUAAAUGGAGGAGCUUUUCUGGCAGCUGAACUCGAGGAGAAGCUGCAGAAAAAUGAUUUCUUGUCACGUAACAGAAGUUCUUCCUUAAGGGAUCUCUCCUCUGAGCAAACACGAUACGAGGCCUUGACAAAACUUGGCCUAGUUAAGGGAAAGCCAGCUCAGGACCAAGUGGACCAUGCCCCAAGCACUCAGCAGCUUGAUGUGCAGCCUAAACAGGCAGACGCUGUUCCCAAUGGAUAUCAAAACAUCCAUGAUAUUUUAAAAAGCCAGCCCAGCCCUUUCCUUCCUAUGGGCAAAACCAUAACAAUCAAACCAGAGGUAGCUCUCACCGCUAACACGGUCAGCGGCACACAGCAGGACGCAGCAAAAAGUUUUAAUGAUUAUAAACAACCUAGUCUAAACCCGGAUAUGAGGAGGCGAUCAGGUUCGCUGCCUAGACCUUCAGGAUUUCGAUCCCAAGGGAUAACGGUAAAGUUCUCUGGCCGUGGUUCAACAGAAGAAGCUAGGAGAGAGGCGCUUCGGAAACUGGGACUGCUGAAAGAUACUGCUUAAUUUUGACAGGAAUAUUCUGGGGGAAGUCAUAGCAUGGCUUUGUGCUAGAAUAGUCCCAACAGGAUUGGGAUCGAACAGACUGGAAGAAGAAAGGGGAAGUUCUCUGCUUCAGGCAAGCUACAGAGGUACUAGAUACUGUGGAAUGACCACUCAUGUUUAUCCCAAAAGGACCAGCACCGUGUGCGGGGGGUUUCACCUCUCCUUCCUACAGAAAUACUCAUCCGUUGCUCUUUGUGACUAAGAGGAGUUUUGUUUAAGUAAUGCUGGACUAUAGCAGACAGCAUCUUGUUAAUGAAGUGUACAGUGCAGUAUUGUUGUACAUAGCAAACCAAAUGGCAAAUCUUCCUUUUGCUCUUUCUGAAGCCAAAAAGAGAAGUCUGUCUGUCUGUCCCACCUCUGUGUGUCUGCUCGUGGGAGCUCAAGAUAAUGUCAAAACUGAGAUUUCUGACCAGCGUGACAGACUUCCAUGACUUUUUGUUGUCUAUACUGUCUGGCUUGGCUUUGUUCCCUACCAGUUGUGGAGUCUUCUGCUUCCUUGCUCUGUGCCCACUUAACUCAAAACUGUAGAGGGCAGUUUCUGUUUUGACCUUCUUGACAGAGCAGCCCAAGCUUUGAGUGGGUGACUGCAUUGCUCUGCUGCUUCACUUGAAGUCUUGCCUUUCUUCUCAGACACCUGCUUCUUGGUCACGCUCUAGCAACCUACGUGUCCAGUGAAAGGCACCAGACAAGCCUCAAGGGUAUGCACCAUGCGCCGGUUUUCGCACUGAGCCAAAGAGCCUCCUGACAAUCUGUGACCCCAGCUGCUCUGUACCAGUGACGAUCUCAUAGCUGAGAAGCCAUAGGAACAAGUUAACUGCGUACCAAAUGCGAGAACCUUAUGACAAAAGUCUUGUCUUUUACGUUAGGGUUCCUGUGAAGAAACUGUUACUUUUUGAACAAUAGCUGUACUACACUGAAUAGUUCUAAGUUCUCUUACUUCUAAAAACUGAUCUUCACGUAGUUUGACAGCCCUAAUAAUCCUCUGUUCACAGCCUUAUUUGAUUCUGCCCUGCCAACGCAUAACAGAAGCUACAGCCAAAAUUCUUGCAGGCUAAGUGGAGUUACAGGAGAGAGGUGUACGUUAGGAGUACGUUGCUCCUGAACGGUCCAAGUUGGCGUGUAUUGCCUUUGUUCAACAGACAUGCUUUUAAAGAUGGUCCCAAACUAUAUUUUUGUGUUGGUAUGAUUAAUUUUUUUAAGAUGGCAAAGCUGCUUUUCCACAUUCAAACUCCCUUCCCUUUUUGUACACCUGAAAACAUCUAGAAUAGCCAUUUUAAAAUCAAAUGCCAAACUCCAGACCCUUUAAAUUUCUUAUUCCUGCAUGUUUGAGUUCUCCCUGCUUUGGCUUUUUUUCCUAAAGGGAAAAACUCACCAUUUUUCUGCACUUUCUAAAGCCUCAAGCAACCCCCUCUUUUUCCCAAGAAGGUGAGUAAGGAACCUUGGGGAAGAGGAGGGGAGCAGCUAUAAUAGAAACUGACACACCCUUCAGCAAGGAGCUCUGAUAUAACUGUGAUAAACAAGUUUGUAGUUCUUGUGAUAAAGAAUUUCAAACUUGUUGAGCUGUACUUGUAAAUGAAGCUGUCAUGAAGGAAAAAUCUUUGCAUCAUUCUCGACCUGCCUCAUAAGUUAAAGUGUGUGGUUCUUUGGUGUAUUUUUUUUAAAUUAUUGGCUUGCUGCUUAAACUUUUAAUUAUGUUCAUGUGGUAUCUGGCUGCUUCUGUUAUAGUUAUUCUUUUCAGCCUUUUCACUGGGUAACUGAUCAUGUUCCUCAUUGUGAUGGGCAUACUAUACAUAAGCAAUCAGUAAUUAAAAUACGUGGCCAUUUCUCAGUCUGGCAAAGCACUUACGCGUGCAUAAUCAAAUGUGAGAAGUGCCACUGAAACAAAAAAGGCUGCUUGUAUGCUGCAAAUAAAGCACAUACUUAUUUUGCUGGGCUCUGAGUCUGUAGUCCUAAAUCAGAAGGACAAGGAAGCACAUAAAACACAUCCAAGCACCUGCUUCUGUGCAGCGGAGUCCUACGUGUGGAUGAUGCAUCGUAAUUUAUUAACAUAACCUGCUAAGUAAAUUUAAAUGUUUCAUGACCUUUUUGCUUUUAAAUUCUGUUAAAGCAGAUUCUUUAUUGUGAAUGUGAAGUGUGUACGAAGCAAUCUUCACAUCUAAUAAUUUCUUGCCAGUUCUUCUUUGAGUUGUUUACAGCUGAGAGGCCGUGCUAAGCAAAGAGGGGAAAAAACCCAACACUAAUCGUUUCACUGAAAUUCAGUCCUACUCAAUAACUCUGUAACAUAACCCUAUUUUAAAAAGAAUACAUUAGAUGUUUAAUAUCUAAAGUAUAAAGUUGCAGUAUGCUGAAUUAGUUGGAUCAUGUUCUUUCAUCCUUUGUGCAGGGCUGUGUCCUCAACCAGUGGGAAGUGAGAGUUAGAUCUUCAUUAGAUAAACCAAUUUCUGCCCAGUGAGGACUUGGAACGAGGUAUUCAUUGUGGCCCUUCAUUAUAGCAAAUACCCUACUGGUAAAUUCUUCUUUGUGCCUAAAACUGUAGUAAGUAAAGCCAUGUACUAAAUGAAGUUAAGAGUCUAGCUGCUAAUAACCUGUAUAUAAAUUUAGCUCUAUUUUGUGUAUCUUGUUUUCUGUGUAUAUGUUGCUGUGAUAGUAUUUCCUCUCCCCCUUGUGUUAGAGGUAACUGUCUUGCACAAAUCUGAAAUCUAUUAAACUGGGAUAAAACCAAUGAAACAAUG